AUGUGUCAUCUUCCUAUGGGCAUUGAGCAUAAAGCUUACUGGGCAGUCAUGGAAGUGAACAUGCAACCUAAAGUGUGUGCUGAAGAAAGGAAGCUCCAACUGCAAGAGCUGGAAGAACUCAACCUGGAAUCUUAUGAUGCUGCCAUGUGGUACAAGGAGAAAACUAAGUUGUGGCAUGACAAGAACCUGAGGGCGAAAGAGCUGCAAGUGGGGCAAAAAGUUUUGUUGUUCCAAUCAAAACUUAAGCUGAUGCCCGGGAAGUUGAAAUCAAAGUGGACGGGACCAUACACCAUCGUUGCCCUUAGAGCAAAUGGAGCAGUGGAACUUCAGGGAAGUAAUCCGAAUUCUGCCCCUUUUAUGGUUAAUGGUUACCGAGUGAAACCCUUUAGGGACAACUCGGAAGUGCGUACAGUGGAAGAAAUUCCACUGUGCACAACCGAUGUUCUCGCCUAA